AUGACUACCCACGGCUACGUCGCGAACUAUUAUAUCGACGACCUCGACAAUUUCAAUCUCGAAGAGCAGUAUCGCCUGCUAUACGACUUGCCAGACGGCCGUUAUGUUGCGCCACAAGUUAAGCGGCGCAUGUUCUACAAAGGCGAAACCGCAUCGCAAGCUCUGGAGCACCCCCAAUUCGCUGUCGCCAAGCUUGUACGAUGCGCCGAGCUUGAUCGACGAGGAGCGGUGGCACGAAGCUCGAGUGAAGCUGAGGCGUGA